ACUAUGGCUGAACUAUUUCAAGGGGCAGGCCGAUGUCCUGUCUGCCAGGACUAUUUUGAGAAACCUGUGCACUUGAAAUGUGGAUACACUUGCUGCCUCCACUGCAUCACUGUCCUUGAGAAGGAGCCCCAGGGGGAGAUUUUGUCAGGUCCCAAAUGCCUUCAAGUUUGUCUGAAGAGCGAGAUCAGGCCCAGGUGGCAGCUGGGAAAGCUCGUCUCCAAGAUCAAGGAACUAGAGCCCCAGCUGAGAGCCACUCUGCAGAUGAACCCGAGGAUGCUCAAGUUCCAAGUGGACAUGACCUUGGAUGUCGACACAGCCAGUGAAUUCCUUAUCAUUUCUGAUGACCUGAGGAGCGUCCGAUGUGAGCGUAUCAGACAGAAUCGGCAAAAGCACACUGAGAGAUUCAACAAAGCACUAGGUGUCCUGGGUUCCCUGAAGUUCACCUCUGGCCGCCAUUACUGGGAGGUGGAUGUGGGAACAAGCCAAGAAUGGCAUCUGGGCGUUUGCAGAGAGUCCGUUGACCGAAAAGGACCCAUUGUACUGAAUUCAGAACUUGGAUUCUGGACUGUGAGUUUGAGAAAGGGAGUGAUCUCUGCCAGCACUGUGCCUCGCACCAUCUUCUGGAUGAAACUGAAAUUAUACCAAGUGGGCAUUUUCCUGGAUGUGGACUUUGGAAACCUAUCCUUUUUCAACAUGAGUGAUGGAUCCCAUGUCUUCACAUUCACCAGUAUUUCUGCUAUGGAAAUGCUGUGUCCAUUCUUUGGUCUUUCAAAACCAAAUAAUGGAGGUCCACAAUCCCUGACUAUUUGUACCCUGAAGAAUCCAGGCAUCGAAAUUCUUCAAGAAAAGCCUGGAAAAGACAUAUAA